UAUUUAACACGGUUGACAAAUAUCUGCUAAAGCCAUCCACGUUGAAUUUCUUUGUAUUUGUUCGGUGAAUUUCGUUGACUGGCAGGUGUUCUUUGGUCAGAAUAAAAUAUUACUUUGCGAUGUUGACAAUCAGGCGACAUUAUAGUCCCUUUCAAGUGACGUGAAGCGACUCAAAAUCCAGCACAAGGCAGUACGGUUCGCCGACUCUGGGCUAAAUUCUUGCGAGUAAUUCAUUCGUUGAUACAACAUGAAUGGCGAAGCUGAAAGUCGUGAAAGAUCGCGCACACCGUCUCCUUUGUCGAGAUCGAGUUCUAGAAGUUCAAUAGGUCAGUCGCCAGCGCGGACAACCCUUCUGAAAAGAAACCAAAGCUUGAGCGCCAAACAAGUACGCUUCUAUAGAAAUGGCGACAAAUACUUUGGUGGAUUGAAGCUCGCUGUCUCGAGUGAACGUUACAAGGAAUUCUUUGCAUUGCUUGUCGAACUUUCGAACAAGCUAGAUCUGAAAACCGGAGCGGUUCGUUUCGUAUUCGACGCAGAAACCGGCCGCCAGAUAACAGAUGUCUCGCAAUUGAGUACGAAUUCAUCCUAUGUGUGCUCGUCGUCGAACAGUUUUAAAGAGAUCGAAGGAGGCUAUGGGCAAACACAACCGAAAAAUUGGAGCACUGGUGGGAAAAAAGAUCGACGAGAGCUAACUAAUUGGGACAAAUCUUCACCUAGAAUGGAUAGCAAGCGCGAGUUCAUAAAACCAAAACUUGUGACGGUUGUUAAGAACGGUAAACCGCCCCAAAAGAAAGUUACAAUGCUUUUGAAUAAGAAAACAGCGCUUGAUUUAAACCAAGUGCUCGAUCAUUUGUCAUCAAAAGGAACCCUGGGCAAAGUGGACCGGCUGUGUUGUUUGGACGGGCGUGAGAUAAAAGAAUUGCGUGAUCUCUUUGACGAGGAUAUGAUCUUCAUCGCCUUUUCGUCAAAUGAAAGGUUUCCCGAUGAAGGAUUUGACGUGGAUGUACAAAGUUACCGAAUAACUCCUUAUCGUGAUCUCAAGAGACCUUCUGGAGUGAAACGCACAUCUUCACUUCGAACACCAAGGCCACGACGAAACACAUUGGAAUCAAACAGCAGUGGUGGAGGCAAUCGUGGCAGAAGUGUCAGUCCAUCUACCAGGACAAAUGGUCAAAUGAGCAGCACUCCAAGAUCAAAGUUAAACGGAUCGAAAAAGUCUAUCAAUGGAGGGCCGUAUACAAGCGGAGAGGAGCUGUACCCAGCCGCUGUAUUCCAACGUGAAAAUUCUGACUCUGAUAGGAAUAUUCAGAAUAGCCGGAAUGAUCGCUUAUCAAUUCAUGGUUUUUACAAGAUUGGCAAAAUAAUCGGUGAUGGUAAUUUUUCUGUCGUUAGAGAAUGUAGAAACAGACGAACUGGUGAGAAAUACGCUCUGAAAAUUGUAAAUAAGGCAAGGGUAAAAGGAAAGGAAUACUUCGUAGAGAACGAGACAUCCAUUCUUCGUCGCAUUUCGCAUCCAAACAUUGUUCAGUUAAUUGAAGAGUACGAAUCUGCGAAAGAAAUUUUUCUAGUAUUAGAAUUAGUCCAGGGUGGAGAUCUUUUUGAUGCAAUCGUCCGAGCUACAAAAUACACGGAACGUGAUGCUAGUCAUAUGAUCGGAGACCUUGUGUCUGCUUUAAGUCAUCUGCAUGAUCUUAGCAUCAUUCAUCGAGAUAUAAAACCCGAAAAUUUAUUGGUUGUAAAUAAUCUGUCUGGAUUACUGUCCCUGAAAGUAGCAGACUUUGGUUUGGCAACUGAAGUACAUGAACCACAGUUUCUUGUCUGUGGCACGCCUACAUACGUUGCUCCUGAGAUUCUCGAUGAGUCAGGAUAUGAGCUCAAAGCAGAUGUUUGGGCGGCUGGAGUUAUCACGUACAUACUGCUUUGUGGAUUUCCACCUUUCAGAAGCAAUGAUCAAGAAGAGCUCUUUGAUAUGAUAUUAAGUGGGGAUUACGAAUUUCUGUCGCCCUUUUGGGAUAACAUAUCCCAGUCCGCAAAGGAUUUAAUCAGUCGUAUGUUAAUCAUAAACCCAAAUCAAAGGUAUUCUGCUAGAGAUUCACUAAACCAUCCCUGGAUCCAGGGCCACACAGCAAAAGAUACGAAUUUGCAAAGUGCAUUUGCAAGUGAAAUUAACAGGAAUUUUCAGUCUAAAAAGAAGCAUCGUGGAGUUGCAACUACGACAAAUCCUGAAGAUGAUGAGUCGAAUAUCGUGUGUGAGGUUGAAGAUAUUGACGAUGAACAAAAUUCGGCAAUGCCAGUGAUUGAAGAGGAUAAUGAGUUACGGACAGACCUGGUACAAUAUAGGCAUUCACCACUCUCAACGCCAGGAAAAAGGAAACCCAGGCCAAAAAGUAUGGACUUCCAUAUGCUGGGAAGACGUAAUGAAGACUAUAGCCAACCGGAUUAUGAAUUGACUCAAAGGAAUCUAAUGGAGGAAUUUCACGACGAAGAUGAGUAUUAUUAAAAUUAAUUUAUUUAAACCAUGUAAUUGAUAAAAAUAUUUAGCUGUAAAUAAUGUACAAAUCCUUUACCAUGCAUGAUUAUAUUUCUAUACAUAUAUAUAGGAAAUCCUUCUCGGCCUGUUCUUAUAUAGGAAAAAUAUGAUCACGCCUUCCCGUUUACGCAAAAAGUAGUGAAAAAGAUUUGUAGUAAAGAAAGCGAAAUUCGGUUGUCCAGCUUUCCUCGCGCGCUGAUCGAUUUCAAUCUUUCGGUAUGUUUGUUCAUUAGCCACGAAGAACGUAUAAGUCGGUUUGCCAAGGUGUGCUAAAUUUGCCACUUUUUUUGACCAAAUUUUAACACACCUAAAGAUGAGUUUUCUGACAUGCACCUAAAGGUGUGUUUAACAACCAUAAGGUGUGCGAUUAGCAAAUCCAAAGGUGUGUAAUCACGCAGCUAGGUGUGUUUUUGUGCACGCCAAAAGGUGUGUAGAACACACUAAAAGGUGUGUCAAAAAACACACCAAAAGAUGAGUUUUCCGCUUGUCCAAAUUUUAACACGUUCUAAGGUGUGUUUUCAAAGAAGGUGUGUUUUCAUACACCAUAGCGUGUUUCAUUACACAGCUAAAGCUGUGCUGCAUAACACACAAAUCAACACAGUUGCACACCUUUCCAAACAAAUAUCUGGAAUUGCUUUAAAUUUCUUUUAGCCUGGGGAAGAAAGCACAAACAUGCAUGAUUUUUAUGCCCGGCGCGUCAAGGCCGCAUGGGCAGAAAUUCAUAGGUCGCUUCGCCCGUGCGGGCAUGCAAGCGCCUAUAAAAGCAUCCUUUAGUUUAUUCUGCUUUAUAAUUUAAAAAGUCGUUUUCAGUAGCUCUUUAAUACAUAAAGCUUGUUUCCUAUCGCCAUUACGAUGAUUUUUCCAUGUGUAGAGAUAUUCAGGUCUGGUUAAUGUUUACUAUUUGACUAUUAUAUCUAGGGUUCAUGGUUGCGUUUGAAACACAGCUACAUAUAUAUAUUCAUGUAGAUAGAAAUCAUGUAGAUAGUAAAUCAUAUAAAUAUG